UACACGAUAGUAGAUAACAGGUUAUAUUGUGAGAAGAUAGAAUUAUAAACUUAAAUAGUUAAAUUCGUUUAUUUUUAUAAUAUGUUAAUUCGUAGAGUUCAUGUAUACAAAUUAUGAGAAUUACAAUAAUAUAUAAAUAUGUGAUUUGUUAUUUCAAUAGUCUAAAUGGGUUUAAACUUAUAAUAAUUAUUAUUUAAAAUUGUUGUUCUAUUUCUGUCAAAUGUUAAUAAAAUUUUUCCCAUCACAGCUAUAGCCUAUAGAGAGCCAUAGAAAGCAAAAUGAGCAAUAACAUGAUUGAUAUACACAUGAUUAAUAAUAAAGGGUUUAUUUGGAAUGCAAAUGAUUGGUACAUUUUACGAACAACUCAUCGCAUGUUGGGGAGUUUGAUUGGAACUUUGCCAUCCAUGCCACGACAAGAAGAUCAAAAUGGCCUUCCUUGCCUUUUAUUACCCGAAGAAAUUCGAUUACUAGUUGAAAAUUGUUUAGGCCGUACUGUUGAGUAUCCAUCAUUUGCUUCUUUACAUACUAAAGAAAUACCCAAAAUCAAUCAAUUUGAUACAUCACCUAAUGUUAUGAUACAUCUUGAUGAAAUAUGUUCAAACAUAAUUGAAGUUCCAUUACCUAAAUUUAUGAAUAGUUUGGAAAGAAUCAGGUUUAAAGUUUUUAAGGAUCUGUGGUCAAAAGGAUUCUAUUUAACUUGUGGUAUGAAGUUUGGAGGUGAUUUUUUGGUCUAUGAAGGUGAUCCUUUGGCUUAUCAUGCUAAAUAUAUAGUUAACUGUAGAGAUUUGGACAAGCAAAUAAUGGUUUCACGGAGUAGAGUUAGUUCAAUUACUAACAAAAAAAUGGUGUUAGCCAAAGAUGAUGGAAAUUCUAUCACGUAUUUAAUUUAUCAUUUAGAUGACACAUCUCAGAAUAAUAAUAAAAUUAAUUACACUUUUUAGUUUGUUUAAAAAUAA